AUGUAUGUGAGGAAGUUUGAAGAUAUACUUGAAUUCCUUUUCGUUGAUACAGGUUUAACGGUUCGAGAUGGAGAAGGUAUUUCACAAUCCACUCGUCGUAUGCAGGUUUUAAACGACUAUAAUAUAGCUUAUGGAAGAAGAAUUGAUCUUUUGGUUAGUGGCGAUAAUAAUGAAAUCUCAAGUAUCGAGUUUAAAAAAAGGACUGUAUCAAAUCAUGUUUCACUUUAUCAACAAAGUAAAAACAUGCGUAUCAAUAGUUGCAUUCUCAGUCAUAUUCAUCUAAUGACAAGUUCAACUGAAGAUACUGUUUUAUACUAUGAUUUCAUUGGUAGAUAUGGCUACUUAUGUCAAUUAUUUGAAUUUAAAGGUGCUUACGUAUGUCAAAAGAUUCAGGAUAUUCCUAUUCCCAAAUGUUUACUUGAAUUAGAUUCAUUUCGCUCUUCUUUGAAGAAUCUUUUCGCGUGGAAAGAACAUUUGGUAAAUCUCAGUAAUAUGAUUUCACUUGCAAAUUAUAACCAAGAAAAGCAAUACCGUCUUGUUGAUAUUUGCAGUACAAUAAGCCCACCUCGGUCACCAUCCAGAAGUAUUACACCUGCAAAUGUAUAUCUUUCACCAUCAAAUGCUAACAAAAGAACAAGAAACAUAUUUGAACAUGAUGGUGAAAAUUAG